CACGGGACGGUGUGUGGCGAGAGCGUUUGCUGCAGGCAGCGAAAAGGAGGCGUAUCUUGGCGUCACAUGUGAAUCAAGCGUGAGGCUGCUGCCAGAGUGACAGGGCAAACAGCGGCUGACCAGUGAAGAGGAGCAUACGUGCCGGCGGCUCCUGAGCGAGUUGGGCUGAAGAUCUCAGCCAGAGAAGCGCAUCAGGUGCGAGCAGACAGGCACAGCCAGCAGUCGAUGGUGCACUGACUGUUGUGCGUGGGCGCCAGGGGUCAGCCAGCCGGGGGAACCGUGUCAGUGGAGCAGCCAGGCAGUCAGAGGCCCGCGCCUGUGUCAUGCGAGUGAAUCGUUUUCUGCGUCUGAGACACACUGCACUUACCUGCUGCGUCUGUCUGUGCGUCUGUCUGUCUGCGUGUGUGUGUGUGUGUGUGUGCAGGGCAGGGAGGGGUGCAUUCAUUGCCCGUCCCAGAUUGUGUGCGGACGGCCGAUGAUGAAGCUGUACACUAAGGUGUUCUUUCGGGCGGUCUUCAACACGGACUUCGGGGAGCGGGUGCGGGUCGUGGGCGACUCACCGCUGCUCGGUAUGCUCGAUGGAUGGAUGGAUGUGUCUGUGUGUGUGUGUGUCAUCCGCUGUCUGUGUGUUUGUUCUGUGUGGCAGGUUCGUGGGAUCCCAAGAAGGGCCACGAGCUCAAGACCAGCGAAGAGCUGUAAGCACCGAGCCAGCCAGUCUAUCUAUCUGCUUCGUCGAGUCCAUCCAUCCACCGAUGCAUGUCAUGUGUGUGGUGUGUGGUGUCUGUCAGGUUUCCAUCAUGGUUUUCGCUGGAGCCGAUCUUGCUGCCGAUAAAGGAGAAGGUGCAGUACAAGUAUGUGAUUGUCGACGAGACCGGCAAGCUCAUCAACUGGGAGGAAAUCGAAGACAACCGAGAACUCGUGCCCACCGGUGAGAGAGGGAGGGAGAAAGGGAGGGAGCAAGGCAGGCAACAGGAAGCGAAGCGAAGCGCGCAACCAGCGGUCUGUUGGCUGGCUGGCUUGUAGGUGUGGAGAUGACUGUGGAGGACGACAAUGGGCUGUAUCGCGAGCAGACACAGAGCCAUCUCGAGAGCUACUCGAUGGCACUCGACGCAGAACAGGUGCACACACAAAGCACACACACACACACACGCACGCACGCACCAGAUUCACCACACAAAGCACAGACACGUCAAGAAUUUAUCCGUGGACUCAUUUCAUUGGUGGCUGCAGCAACUGGUGACGGAUUCCAAGCAGCGCGAGGACCAGGUGACGCAGGCGCGUGUGACGUACGUGCACCAGCAGGAGAUGGACUCCAUGAUCGACGAGAACGACACCCUGCUCGUCGUCAGCUUCGAGCUGCCCGUCAAGGUCUCCAAGUCAGAGGACGGACAGUUCGUCGUCACCCCGGGAAAGGUCAGUCAGGGUCUGCCUAUACGUCUGUGUGUGGAUGGAUGGGGUGGCUGGCUGCGUGUGGUGUGGUGUGGUGUGGUGUGGUGUGUGCAGACGGCUUUGUUGCCGACGUUGUAUCAGCAGCGGAAGAAGACCAAGAUCCCCGUCAAGACCAUCGGGUGGCCGGGCAUACACGUGGAGGACCCGAGAGAUCAGGAGGAGGUCAGCAGUGAGUGCAUCCAUGGGUGUGGGGUGUGUGUUGGUGUCCAUCCAUAUAUUGCAUUGUCUCGUGUGUGAUGUGAGCAGAUAGAGCGCUUGUUGGCAGACUACGACUGCCACCCGGUGUUUCCCCCCAAGAAGGAGCUGGACGAGUACCUGGCCUUCUGCCACAGAUUCCUCUGGCCCCUAUUCCACAACGUCGUCAUACUCGACACGCAGUACAGUCACACACACACGCACACACACACACGCACACACAUACACGUAGAGAGAGACUGUGUCUGAAUGUGUUCACUGAUGCCGUCCGUGUCUCCGCGCGUGUGUGUGGUGUCAUUUCUUUCAUUCUCAGUUCCCAGCAGCCGUUCAACAACGAGCAGUGGGGUCACUACCAGGCCAUGAACCGCCUGUGGGCCGAGGCGGUCGUCAGGGUGGCGCACGAGACGGACCUCAUUUGGGUGCACGACUACCACUUACUUGUCGCACCUCUGGUCAGUCAGUCAGCUGGGCUGCCUGGGCAACAAACACACCACGUCUACAAGUGAUGGCAUCAAUCACGGUGUACCCUCUGUGCUGUGUGUGUGUAGUUUAUCACCCGUCGUAUUCGCAAAGCGAACGUGGGUCUCUUUCUGCACAUCCCUUUCCCCUCGUCAGAGAUAUUCAGAUGCCUCCCCGUCAGAGAAGAGGUCAGUCGACACAACACAACCCAAAACAACCCACACACACGUGACCGGACCGAGCUGAGCUCUGUAAACACGAAUCCAAUGUGUGUGUGUCAUGGCCAUGACUGACAGAUCCUGCGUGGGAUGUUGUGUGCGGAUCUGAUUGGAUUUCACUUCUUUGAGUACGCCCGCCACUUCCUCGUCGCCUGCAAACGGCUACUCGGCAUCGAACACCACUGCAGGUUGGCACAUAGACACCCCACCACGUGACGCACCCACCGCACACACCCCACACCAACCACUGUGCACUCACUCACUCCGUCGUCCAAUCAGGAUGGGUGGGUUUCUGGGUCUUGAGUACGGCGGGCGCAGCGUGAUGCUGCGCAUCGGCCACGUGCACAUCCAGUAUGACGACCUCCGCACCAUGAUCGAGAGCUCUGACGAAAUCAAAAGGAUGACACAAGACAUCAGGUCCGUCUCGCAAAGAAAGGACUGCAUUAACACGCACAGUCAAGCUGGCGUCGUGUGGUGCAUUUCUGUGUGUGUGUGUGUGUGUGUGUGAAUGACGUUGACAGGUCCAAGUAUGAGGGUCGUUACAUCUUUGCGUCAGUGGAUCGCUGCGAGAGGCUGGCGGGGCUGAUCCUCAAGAUGCGCGCCUUCCAGAACUUCCUCAACACCUACCCUUAUGCACAGGGCAAGGUCGUCCUCAUCCAGGUGAUGAGCUCACUGAGCCAGCCACGAUAGACAUCACAGAUGGACGGAUGGAUGGACGGCUGGGGGCGUGCAACCAACCAUGAAUGUGAUGUGAUGUGCAGUAUGCCUAUCCGACCAUCUCUUACUGGGACGACACCUCGCGAAUGCGGAGGGAGCUGACCAACAUCGUCGACAAGAUCAACACCGACUUCCAGGACCUUGACGAAGGACGGGGGGCGUCAGGUGAGUGGAGUGAGUGAGGUCAAUCAACACACGCCAGCCACACCUGCCCACACACACCCCCACGCACAGCACAGCACAGGUGGAUGAGAUGAAUGGCUGGCCUGCUAUGCUCUCUCUUUGCCUGUCCUGUCAGGUCACACGUCUGAGUUCCACCACGUGGUGUUCCAGGUCAAGGAGGUGACGCGGGAGGAGAAAUACGCACUCUUCCAGGCAGCUGACUGCCUGCUCGACACAUCCAUCAGGGACGGACUCAACCUGGUCAGCCAACCACACCACCACCACCACCACACACACAUCAUUGCGUCGAUUCCCCUCCCCUCUCUCUCUCUGUGCUGUGUGUGUGUGUGCAGAACCCCUUCGAGUACAUCUGUUGCCGCAAGGACGAGCCCGGUGCCAUCAUCCUGAGUGAGUUCACCGGCUGCAGUCGGGCGCUGGCGUCUGCGUUGCGGGUCAACCCCUGGAAGAUCGAGAACGUCAGCGAGGCCAUGGACCGCGCCAUGAACUCCACCUUCGAGGAGUCGCGCGACAGGUUCCUGCGGGACCAAAACUACCUGCAGCACGGCUCCACACUCAGGGUACGAUGGAUGCACACACACGGACGGACGUGAGCAGGGAAGGGUCUAGAGAGAGGGAGGGAGGGAGAGAGGUGUUUGUGUUGUUGUGCAGUGGGCAGAGGAGUUCCUGCUCGACUUGCGUCGGAGCCGGAAGCGCGAGGACAUGCUGUACGUGUCCUGGGGCUUCGGUGCGGGCUACAGGGUGCUCGGCAUGGACCAGCACUUCAGGUACAGCCACGCCUUGCCGUGUGUGGUGUGCGGCACACACACUGCAUGACGUCACGUCUGUCCAUGUGUGUGUGUGUGUGUGAGUGAGUGCCUGCAGGCAUCUGGAGGUGACCGAGGUGAUCCAGGCGUUCCGGAAGGCCAAAAACCGCAUCUUCUUCUUCGACCACGAGGGCACUCUCGCGCCGGACAGACGGCGGAUCACAGCCAUUCCGGGCGAGGUGAGUGACCAGGCAGAAAUGCCCCUCCCAAAUACACAUCGACUCUCACUCGAACACGCGUGUCUGUCUGAUUCUUUCUGCUUUAAAUCAGAAUCUGUUUUCUCAAGGCAGCGGUCCGUCCAAGGCGGUGCAGGCGUGUCUGCAGACUCUCUGCAAGGACCCCCGCAACACUGUGGUCAUCCUCAGUGGACGAGACAAGGAGUCAAUCGAGGCUUGGUUCGGAGGUAGGCCUGCCUGCCUGCCUUGAGUGCAUUCAUGGAAUGGGGGCAGGCAGUUGCUCUCAUCGGUUGGUCGUCUGUGUAUGUGUGUGUGUGUGUGUCUGUGGCUAGGCAUUGAGAACAUUGGGUUGGCUGCGGAGCAUGGCUUUUACUACAAGGUGCCCACCAUCACCGGCAACCAAUGGUAUAUACGCACCCACAGAGACACUGCCUGCCUGCCUGGUGUCUGUCUGCACGCGUCAUGCGUGUAUGUGUGUGUGUGUGUGUGUGUGCAGGUACUGCAUGUCUCAGAACGUCGACUACACGUGGAAGCAGAUCGCUGUCGAGCUCAUGAUGCAGUACGUCAAGCGCACACAAGGAUCCUUCAUCGAGAACAAGGUAGGUGCAGUGCACCUACUGGCCCAUCAGUCAGUCUAUCCGAUGCAUUGCACCCAUGUGUCUCUCUCUCUUUCUGUCUCUCUGUGUUUGUGUGUUCAGGGCAGCGCACUGGUGUUCCAGUAUCGUGACUCCGACCCCGAUUUCGGCCAAUGGCAGGCCAAGGAGCUCUCCAACUACCUCAGGCAGGGCCGCGGCCACGCACACACAGACAUGCAGAGCUCACACACUCUCAUUGGUUGUGGCGCACUGUUUGUGUCUUUUGUGGUGCUGUCCACUCACCUCAUCAGUGAGCUGUUGUUCGGCUACCCCGUGUCAGUGAUGACGGGCAAGGGCUAUGUCGAGGUCAAACUCAGAGGCGUCAACAAGGUCAGUCAGACAAAGCCCGCCUGCCUGCCUGACACAGAUCCGCGCUCCAGUGGCUCCAGUGGCGACAACACUCUUUUGUGUGGUAUUUAUUGCGUGUGGACCAAUCCGUUCGGUUCAGGGUGUGGCGGUGCAGAAGGUGCUGUCGAAGCUGACCAAGAUCAACGGCGAGGUCGACUUCAUCCUCUGCAUCGGAGACGACAGGUAGAUAGACAACAAACACACAGCACAGCGCCCCUCCGUUCAAGGAACGGCGCCCCCCACAUCUCUGCCUGUCUCCCUCUCUGUGGGCGCGUCUCCUCGCCUUCCUUCCUAGGUCUGACGAGGACAUGUUCUCGGUGGUCAACAACCUGACCAGCCAGGACGAGGGCUCGGAGGACUUCCACAUCGGCAGAACCACCUCACAAGACCCACACGUGCCACAGCGAAGAAGAUCACAGGUACACACACACACGCACACGCACACGCACACACACAUGCCCCUCAUCCCAUUCCCCCACACCCACAUAAAGCACCCUGCUCUCUCUGUUGCCUGGCUGGCCUGACUGCAGGACCACUUUCGGCUCAAGGGCGGUCAGCGCACGCCGAGCGACGGGUUGAGCACCAAGCUGGGGUCGCCCAGCCCGGCAGUAGGUGUGCAGUCCAACUCCCCCUCCCUGCCGCACAGCAAGCCCCCUCCCUCGCCAAUGCUCCCGCUGCCCGCAUCUGCACAAGACGGAAUAAGGGCAGACACCUCCGCUACCACACUCACGCCGGGAAAGGUGGGUGCCCUACGAGGGAGGGACGGAUGGAGGCGCUGGUGGGUUUGCUUUGGUUGAUGCGAUGCAUCCGUGAGGGUGUGGUGUUGUGUGUGCGGUGUGGUGUUUGGUAGGCUGCGGCUCAGACGACGUAUUUCACGUGUACAGUGGGCAAGAAGCCAUCGCACGCUCGGUCAGUGAGAAGAAAGAUAGAUGGAUGCUUCUUUGGCUACGCUCUCCGUCCAGUCACUCCAUGCGUGGGCGUCCAUGUCUGUCUGUCUGUCUGUCUGCAGGUGUUAUUUGAAUGACACCGACGAGGUGUCCGAGCUCCUCGAAGCCCUCCAGCUCUUCACCACAAAGGUACCGUACCACCGCUCUCACCAAGACAGGCACACACCACACCCGGAAGAGAGCACUUCCUUCCCCCGUGUGUCUGUGUGUAUGUCAACGUGCAGCACAACGUGGUAGGCUCCUCAUCGACAGUGCCGUACCACAUCUCCUACAUGCAGGGCCACUCGCCCCGGCCCCUCGCCGCCGAUGUCUUCUUCGGCGUCGAGGACGAGUCAGUCGAGAGGAAAGACAGCCUCUGAUCGAUCUGCAGAUCUGAUGUGUAGAGGGAAGCUCUGGCGGGGGUAUAAGUGAGUGUAGAGGGCGGGGGAGGGGACAGGAGGGGAUACCCGACAGACACUGGCUAAUGCUUGUUGGGCUGGCAGGGUGAGGUGACAGGAAGGCAGGCAGGGAGGCAGGCAGGUCGCGCCGCGCCUCAGUGAGAGAGAGCCCUUUUAUCGUCGGCGUGACACCAUGAGACACACACCGCACAGCACAGCACACCACCCCUGACUGGUUUUUUGCGCGCGUCAACGGUGUCUGCACCUGCACCUACCCCCUCUCUCUCUCUCUGUCUCUGUCUGUCUGUCUGUCUAUCUGCCGCAAUUUUCUCGUUUGAUCGAAUCACAUCUCGAUGGAUCGAUGGCGGCCCCCACCCUUCCUCUGCCUGUCUCUCUGUCUGUCUCUCUCUGCCUGCGUGGCGCUCUCCCCUCUCUCUCUCUCUGUCUGUCUAAGUAUGUUUCUGCUCGUCACGACCGACCAUGCCAUGCACACGUGGCUAUUUGUAGCUCAGCAGCACGGCAGCAGGCAGGGCUGAUGAAUGAGGGAACGAACGAGUGAGGGCAGACAGAUUUUUCGUGUCAGUGGUCUGCGUGGCGCGGCGUGGCUUCUCGCAUUGCGCAUUGCGUAUUGCAUGGUCGGCACACCGAUUCCAUGUUUCAUUCGCUCUCGUACUCUUAUAUAGGCGCAUCCAUCCAUGUGUGUGCACGGCCUGGUGUAGCGUGCCAUGGGUUCAGCGGGCAGCAGCCAGUCCAUCCAUCCAGUUUCUCCCUCGCCCUGUGCCGUUCUUCUUUCCGAUGACCCGACCUCCCCUCCCCUCCCCUCCCCUCCUCUCCCCUCUCGCUGACACGGGUCAAAUGCACUAUUUUUGUUCGAUCGCCCUGCCUGUCUGCCUGGGGGGGGGUUGGGGGUUAAGAGGUGAGGGGCCAUAUGGUACACCCCCCCACCCCCAUGCCAUGUCUGUCAUCCUUCCAUUGACUUCUAUCUGCCUAUUUGUCCGCCCUCCUCCUGGCUGCCUGCCUGUCCGUCCGGGUGUGUGUGUGUGCUGUUCGUGCGCCAUGGUGUGUGUUGUGUGUGUGAGGGAGUGAGGUGUCAGAGGGGUGUGGUGUGGGCUAGUCUGUCUGGUGGAUGGACGUCACUUGGUUGUGUGUUGUGAGACUUAAGGCAUACAUGAAUGAGAUGGUGUGUGGGUGCGGUGGGUGCGUGCCUUCGUGACUCACUCCCUCACUCUGUCUGUGUGUGUGUGUGUGGACACUUGUAUCUACCCACCGUCAAGGCGUUGUAAAGCAG